CAAAUAAAAAAAAACAAAUAAAUAAAAAGACACAACAAGCUGUGUGUCAAGAUUUUCUCUGUGUUCAUUUUACCAUUAAAAUUUAUAAAUCGAAAUAAGUUUAAUUAAAAAUAUAGUAAAUUAAUUAUCAACUUGUUGAUUGUAAUUAAUUUCUACUAAAUGCAAUACACACCUAUCAAAACUGAUGAUGACUGGUCAUCAGAAUUGGCAACACGUCAAAAAAAAUCACAAAAUCAAUUUGGCCAAAAACCGAUAAUAAUAUUUAUAUUUUUGGGUAUAUUAUUUCUCGGCUAUUUAAUAAUAGCUAGUGACCUAAAAACAUCAAAUAUAAGUGGUUCAAUUGACAGUAUAGCAACAUCAUUUAAUUUACAAAAGCCAUUUUAUGCUGUUGUUAUUGAUGCCGGUUCAACUGGUUCACGUGUACUUGCAUUUACAUUUCAUAAAUCAUUAAUAAAUGGUGAAUUAAUUCUCGAUAAAGAAUUAUUCAAUGAAAUAAAACCAGGAUUAAGUAAUUUUGCUGAUAAUCCAAAUGAUGCAAUUAUUGGAUUAAAUGAAUUAAUUAAUAAAGCAAAAAAUGUUAUACCAAAAUCAGAACAAUCAAAAACACCAUUAACAAUGAAAGCAACUGCUGGAUUGAGAUUAUUACGUAUUGAUAAAGCAAAUAAUUUAUUAGAUGAAUGUAAAAAAUUUUUUAAUACAACUGGUUUUCUUGUUAAUAAUUCAUCAGUAUCAAUAAUGGAUGGUGUUGAUGAAGGAAUAUUUGCUUGGUUUACUGUUAAUUUUUUAUUUAAUCAUUUAACACCAGAUAACACUAAAAAUACUGUUGCUGUUUUGGAUCUUGGUGGUGGUUCAACACAAGUAACAUAUACACCAGAUAAUAAUGACAUUGAUAAAUUUCAAAAAAAUCAUUUACAUACAAUAUAUGCACUAAAUAAUAAUAUGACUAUUUAUACACAUAGCCAUUUAGGUAUGGGAUUAAUGGCAUCAAGAAAAUCAAUAUUAAUUGAUUAUAAUUUUGUUAAUGUUAAUGAUAAUGAUGAUGGUAUCAUUGAAGUACGAUCAGAAUGUAUUAAUCCAAUUAUUAAAACUCAAUGGAGUUAUGCUGGUAAAAAAUAUUUAGUUAUGGGACCAAUUAAUGCAACACAUAAAUUAAUAAAAGCACAUACAUAUGCUGGUAUUGAUGAAAAUGUACCAGUUGUUAAAUUUGAUGAAUGUGUUAAAGUUGUUAAACAACAUAUUGAUACUAUUAAAGAAAGACCAAUUGGUCUUAAAAAACAUGACAUUUAUCUUGUGUCUUAUUAUUUUGAUCGUGCUGCUGAGGCAGGAUUGAUUCAUCAUUCUGAUGGGGGAAUUAUAAGUCUUGGAGAUUUUCAUAGAGCCACAAUUGAUGCAUGCAAUUAUCCAAAUGUUGAACAACCAUUUGCAUGUUUAGAUAUGACAUUUAUUUAUAUUUUAUUGAAUGAUUGUUUUGGACUUGAUUCAUCAACAAAAUUAAAUCUUUAUAAAAAAUACAAGGGCCAUGAAUUAAGCUGGGCACUUGGUGCUGCUUUCAAUUUACUACAAAAUGAUUUUUAAUUAAUAAAAAAAUAAUAAUUGCACUAAUUGCAAAUAAAAAUAAACAGGGAUAUUAUUUAAUUUUCCACAUAAUAAUAAUUAUUUUAAUUUUUAAAUAACACAAAAUUAAUUAUUAAUUAAUAUUGUUAAAUACAAAAUGUGAUGAUAAAUGUGCAAUCAAUUAAUGUUAAAACAUAUCAAUAUUUAGUGCCUUUGUAUUAAAAAAAAAUUACAUUAAAAUACAUUAAAAUUAAGUAAAUUAAAAAUAAUAUUAAAUCAGUAGAUAAAAAUUUUACAAAUAAAAAAUAUUAUCAAGUUUAAAUUUUAAAUUCUGAAUAUUUAAAGAAUAUGGAAAUUUUUAUUUUAAAUUCUAUUAUUAUUGUCAUAUAAUAAAAUAAAUAAAUAAUAAUCU